UCGGGUUCCUCCGGGCCGCCGUAGGACUGGUUCCGGCGGGCUAGUGAGGAAUGGAGCUGGUGGGCAGCAGCGGCGAGCGCUGCGGCUCCUCCUCCGUCGACCCACGGAGCACCUUCGUGUUGAGUAACCUGGCGGAGGUGGUGGAGCGUGUGCUCACCUUCCUGCCCGCCAAGGCGUUGCUGCGGGUGGCCUGCGUGUGCCGCUUAUGGAGGGAGUGUGUGCGCAGAGUGUUGCGGACCCAUCGGAGCGUAACCUGGAUCUCCGCAGGCCUGGCCGAGGCCGGCCACCUGGAGAGGCAUUGCUUGGUUCGCGUAGUAGCAGAGGAGCUUGAGAAUGUUCGCAUCUUACCACAUACAGUUCUUUACAUGGCUGAUUCAGAAACUUUCAUUAGUCUGGAAGAGUGUCGUGGCCAUAAGAGAGCAAGGAAAAGAACUAGUAUGGAAACAGCACUUGCCCUUGAGAAGCUAUUCCCCAAACAAUGCCAGGUCCUUGGGAUUGUGACCCCAGGAAUUGUAGUGACUCCAAUGGGAUCAGGUAGCAAUCGACCUCAGGAAAUAGAAAUUGGAGAAUCUGGUUUUGCUUUAUUAUUCCCUCAAAUUGAAGGAAUAAAAAUACAACCCUUUCAUUUUAUUAAGGAUCCAAAGAAUUUAACAUUAGAAAGACAUCAGCUCACUGAAGUAGGUCUUUUAGAUAACCCUGAACUUCGUGUGGUCCUUGUCUUUGGUUAUAAUUGCUGUAAGGUGGGAGCCAGUAAUUAUCUGCAGCAAGUAGUCAGCACUUUCAGUGAUAUGAAUAUCAUCUUGGCUGGAGGCCAGGUGGACAACCUGUCAUCACUGACUUCUGAAAAGAACCCUCUGGAUAUUGAUGCCGCAGGUGUGGUUGGACUGUCAUUUAGUGGACACCGAAUCCAGAGUGCCACUGUGCUCCUCAACGAGGACGUCAGUGAUGAGAAGACUGCGGAGGCUGCAAUGCAGCGCCUCAAAGCGGCCAACAUUCCAGAGCAGAACACCAUUGGCUUCAUGUUUGCAUGCGUUGGCAGGGGCUUUCAGUAUUACAGAGCCAAGGGGAAUGUUGAGGCUGAUGCGUUCAGAAAGUUUUUUCCUAGUGUUCCCCUAUUCGGCUUCUUUGGAAAUGGAGAAAUUGGGUGUGAUCGGAUAGUCACUGGGAACUUCAUAUUGAGGAAAUGUAAUGAGGUAAAAGAUGAUGAUCUGUUUCAUAGCUAUACAACAAUAAUGGCACUCAUACAUCUGGGGUCAUCUAAAUAAUAAUUAAAGUGGCUUUCAUAAUAUAUAACUUUCUGGUUCUGCCUUUUUCAGAAAAUGGAAACUUGGGCUAUGUGUAUUUCAAACAAAAAUAACUUUAGAUAUAUCUUUUUUGUAGCUUUGAUUGAUGCUCUAAGAUGACGAAGGUAGUUUUUAAUAUAUUAGAUGAAGGACAACUUUGGACAUAACACAGACUAGGAGUUGAGAGCUUUUGCAUCAGGCACAAGCAAACUGAUUAUAGUUGUGUUGCACCAGAUUGUGUAGCUGCUGUGUGACGUGACCUUAGUCUUCCCGCAUAGGAAGAGCAAAAGGGGAUUCAUCAGUAGGACAGAGAUUUAAGACAUUCUCUGACUACCCCUGGCGUUGUUAGCUGAUGUCUUUCAGCAGAAUCAUGAAGACCUUUUUU